CCCACGCUGCAUUUUCAGUUCUUCCUAGUUUGGUUAGCAAACAGUGAGGAGUGAUUUCAAGCCUUGCUAAGGAAACGAAUUACUUUUUAGCUUAAGAAAAUCGAAUUUUAGCGGCGAUAUACAGAUACAGAAAGCAAGUGACAUGCAGCAAGGUCAAAGUAUAUUUAGUAUUCCCUCGAUUGUGAAACUAAACGUCGGCGGUCAUUACUUCACCACAAGUCUUCAAACAUUGACCAGAGAUCCAAACUCAAUGCUAGCCGUCAUGUUUUCAGGGAAGUUUGAGAUGAAACCUCUUGAAGACGGCGCUUUCUUUAUCGACCGAGAUGGAACUCACUUCCGGUUUAUACUCAAUUAUCUUCGCACUGGAAAAUUGACUUUACCAGACGGAGCAACAUCUUUGAAAGAAUUUGCCGAAGAAGCUGAGUUUUACCAAAUCCAAGGGAUACUGGAUAAAUUAAAAUCGAUGACAGAUAGUUUAACGCGCGUGAAACUGAAUGUUGGCGGCCAUCACUUCACAACAAGUCUGCAAACAUUGACCAAAGAUCGAAACUCGAGGUUAGCCGCCAUGUUUUCAGGGGAGCAAGCUGAAAACGGCACCCUCUUCCUCGACAGGGAUGGGAAACACUUCCGGUUUAUACUCAAUUAUCUGCGUAACGGAGAGCUAGUGUUACCGGAUGAUGCAAAAUUUGUCAAAGAACUUGAAACUGAAGCGCAGUUCUACAAGAUCGAAGGGAUACUGAUUAGGUUGAGCCUUUUUUCGGAGAUACUCACGAAUGAGGAACAUAUCAGCGUGCUGCUAAGUUGGCUGCCUGUCCAUGACACGGGGAUGAGGCGACGUCACCUCCGUCUUCUGUACCGUGCUUCUCGAGAUGGCUUCGCAGCCGGAUGCUUUCACUCCAGAUGUGACAACAACGGGCCAACUGUUACUAUCGUGAAGAGUGGAGAAUAUAUUUUUGGAGGUUUUACAGAACAGUCUUGGACGAGUCAAAACCGUGACUCAAGGUGUACCAAGGCAUUCUUGUUCAGUAUGGUCAACCCACAUGGCCAUGAACCAACGAAAAUACCGCUUACUCCUCGUGGCCAUGAGCGUGCCAUCUCAUGUAGAGCUGACCUUGGACCAACGUUUGGCCGCGGGUAUCGCGGCAAGCAUGCCCUACAAAUCUCAGACCAUGCAAACGUAUCAUACAGUGAGUCUGAUGACAAUGAUUACACAUAUAAUUUUCCUCCAGAACGCACGACUUUCUUCACGGGAAAUUCAAGAUUUGUUGUGACAGAUUACGAAGUGUUUUCACUCAAUUGAAGUAAAACAAAUGAUUUGGGGGAGGAGGGGGGUGUACCUUCUAAAACAGGGAUGCUUUGCCCCAAUGCUUGGAAAAAGUUUUAUAAAAGAGAAGAGAUUUCAAAGGUUGAACUACAGAAAAGGGCGUAUAAGGGCAGGACUUAAAUCAGGUGAAUACCGUUGGAAGGUCUCGGUAAAGCGAAAUGACACUGUAGUAUUGCUGUUUGUCUCCCGUUGUGGAUAGUUUCAUUAUGAGGCCCUGUUAAAGUACAUUUGGACGGCGAUACGGCUCUGAAACGGUUACACAAUGGGAGCUGAAAUGACCACGAACAACGACCCGUUAACGCGAAUUCGACAGCGACAUUGGCGUUUUAAAAAUUAGACAGCGACUUGCUGCGCAUUCGAGCAGAAGAAAUAGCGUGUAACAAUUUGUGAAACUUUCCGCGAGUAUUUUCCGUCUACUGUUUGACCACACGCGGCCCAAGCUCAAGUCUCGAGAAAAAGUGAACGAUUAAUUUAUGAAAGCGUCACACGUUGUGUGAAUUGUUGUUAAGUUGCGAGAGGAACCGUU